CAGUACUGUAUCUUAUAUAAUCGUCCUUAGUCGACGUCUUUCUCUCUAUCCUCCUUUGACGUACUUUUUGACCUGCUUCUUAUAUGGAGAUGAUAAGAGCAAUGGGAAGAAGAUUGAACUUUGACGAUGAUGAAUAUUAUGAGGAGGAUGGUGACACUGAAUGGGACGAGACGGGACGCACGAUGAUCUCUCACAUAUAUGUUGCUUUCGACAAAUUCAUAAGGUCUAUUCAGUUUGGCUAUUUGGAGAAUGGAGCUCAAGUCCUGUCUACAAAAUAUGGUUCAUCUGAGGGAUCAUUUCGUAUUGUCAAACUGAAGGAAGAUGAAUAUGUAACUGGAUUGAGUGGAGUACUAGGAAAAGGUGGUAGAGGAAUCAGAAAUUUAACAUUUCACACUAACCGUGGGCACCACGGACCCAUUGGACGUCCAAGCGAUAAAUAUCUAUUAGGUGACGAAAUAGAAAUUGAACCGGAAAUACGUAGUCGAAGUGAGUUCGGAGGUUUCUUUGGGUCUUCAAAUGAUUACCGUAUGACAUCGAUUGGUAUCUACGUGAGUCCCAAUAAUCACAGGGAGAUAUAG